AGAAAUGAAAGCCACACCUACACUGCGUUUCAGAUAAAUAGAGAGCAAACUUUCAUUUCAGAUCAGAAGCUGCGUAGGACUGCACAUCGUUUGUCACAGCCAUGAAAGUACUCCUGGUUGCACUGGUCGCCCUCAUACACGGCAGUUAUGCCACUUUGCUCAUUAAAGGGCCAACCUCUCCUGUUCUGGAGGGAGAUUCGAUCACACUGGAGUGUCUGUACACAGACUCUGAACUCAACAUCAGCCAGGUCCGCUUUGAGAUCUUCUCCAAGUACAUCCAGAGCUGGCAUCCAGUUUUUGAGCGAUCUUGGUGCUUCUAUUCCAUGGAAACUCAGCGGACGGCUGAUAGUCUAGUCCUGUCUAUCCCUCAUGCAGGAAGGUUCUCUGAGGGGCCCUACCGCUGUGUGUCCGACGCCGAAAAUGUGACCGCACCAGACAACUCCUCCCAGCCGCUGUCCUUCAAAGUCCAUUACAUGGGAGAGCUGUCACUGUCCAGGGAUGGCUACACCAGCUACCUGGGCGUCCCACAGGAGCUGAGGGUGCAACUUGGGGAUGACGUGGAGCUGAAGUGCUCUGCCAGCUCAUCAGAGGAGCCGAAAUACUUCUGGCACAAAGAGGGUAGCGACUGGAUCCUACCUUCCUCUAAGCUGACACUGAAGAAGGUGAAUGCGAUGGAUGGAGGACAGUACACUUGCAUGGCUGAACAUCCUUCCAUGGAAUCACUCAGCAAGAAACGCACAGUCACCAUCACUGUACUUCCUGAGAAUGCCCCUUGGUACGAGUCUAGUAAUGGCCGUCUCAUUUUGAUGACCUCGGCUGCGGCUGUGGCUCUCCUGGUGUUCAUCCUUUCCGUGAGUGUAUUCCUGUGCCGCAGGGCCAAGCAAACCACAACCAGCAAGGGACCCAUUGAUGACCGGUCUCAGAAAAAGCCUAUCUAUAAAGCCAGUUCGGAGUCCCUACCCUCUGCCUGUGGAGACAAACAGCCUCUGGUGUGACUGCAUGGGCAGGUGGAAGGAUGAGGAAGGGGCAGCAAGAUGGAGUGAGAGACGAGGAAGAUGGAGUGGGUGGCCAGAAAAUGACGGAUGGUAUAGAAGGGAUACUUAAGGAGGGAGGGAAUGGGGUAAGGUUAUGAAUGGUCACACUGGGGGAGGAGAGAGGGAGGAAAGGUGGGAGGCAAAGAGGGGUAUUGGAAGAGUGUAGGGAGAACAAAAUCAAAAUCAGUAACAAGCUGGGCGCAAAAAAAGAAAAACCUGAAGGGCAAAAGAUUGCUUUAGAGACACAGACGCUGCUUUGCUUGUGGGUGUAGACUGCAGUCAUGCGUCUUGGACAAAAAGGUGGGCAAUUUUAUCUUCAUUUAUUCUGCAGCAUGGAAAAUGGUGGGGGAUGAUUCUUGUGUACUGUAAGAGCUGAAAAGACUCCACAUGCAAUUCUCUCCUUUCUGUUGCAAACAUAAUUGCUCAGCUGUGUAUUACGAAUGAACCAUUUGGGUGAUGGGACAAGGUUUUAUUUUGUUGAUUUUGUUUCCCUUUCAAACUUUUUUCCAAAGCAGAACCAGCUCAAAGCAUUUGUGAAAAUGUUAUUAUAAUCUCUCUUUACCAUGAAAGCUCUCAAGCACAUUGCACUCUACUAUUUAAUUUUCUGUACUUUGGAUUUAUUCUAUAAUAAAUGGCUUCCAGAAAAUA